GCUCGUUCCUUUUAAGGAAGAGAUGGCAUUUGAAAACAGAUCCUGGAUCUAAUCUGACUCUAAAGCCCGUGCUUUUUUCCUCCGUAUCGCAGGUGAUGGUCCGCACUCCCAUUUGUCUGCGGUAAAGAAGGAGGGCAGGAUCCGAAGAUUUCUGGUAGGAUGUGUGAUGCUAAAUAAAUCGUUUCAAGGUAUGAGGUCAGAUUAAAUGCCGGUGCAAACCGACGCUCCCACAAAGUCAAAGUCCGUCCCAAGGGUACGUUCUCCAGCCGCGCCAAGUCGUCCUGCACAUGUGCACCGCCUAUAUUCAGAAGCCACCUCAUUCUAUUUUCAAGCCUGGAAACAGGCUCUUCUUGCUCCCUCCUACUCUACCUCCCAGCCACAAUCACUUAAAUUCUACCAAACACAGUAGCAGCCGGAAAAUGCCACAAUCCCAGAAAGCACCGCGCGCCUCAGUACUUCCGGCCUAAUCUCUUUCUUCCCCUCAGUCCAUUCAGCUUUGCAGGCCGCCGUGAGAGUACUGAUGGCCGAGUUGGACAUUGGAAAGCACUGCCAGGUGGAGCACUGCCGGCAGAAAGAUUUUCUUCCAUUUGUGUGUGAUGGCUGUUCAGGAAUAUUUUGUCUUGAACACAGAAGCAGGGAAUCUCAUGGCUGUUCUGAGUUGAACAUAAAAAGUGAGAGACUGAAGACUGAUGACCAUUCAUCUUACUCAUGUUCAUACAAAGAUUGCAGUGGAAAAGAGCUUGUGCCGGUGUUAUGUCCCUUCUGUGAGAAGAAUUUUUGCCUGAGACACCGGCACCAGUCAGACCAUGAAUGUGAAAAACUGGAAGUUCCUCAGGCUCGAAUGGCUGUCACACAGCAGCUUAUUAAAGAUAUUAUAGAUUCUAAAAAAGGCGCUGCAGUAAGUAAAGGGCGCAGAGGUGCAAGGAGCAGUGAAACUGCAGCAAAGGUUGCACUGAUGAAAUUAAAAAUGCAUGCUGAUGGAGAUAACUCUUUGCCACAGACAGAAAGAAUUUAUUUUCAAGUGUUCUUACCUAAAGGGAGCAAGGAGAAAAGCAAGCCUAUGUUCUUUUGUUGUAAAUGGAGUAUUGGAAAGGUGGUGGAUUUUGCAGCUUCAUUAGCCAAUCUUAAAAAUGAGAACAACAAAGCAACAGCUAAGAAAUUAAGAUUGUGUAACAUUGCAACAGGAGAAGCCUUACCUUCAGAUCAAUCUUUGGACACAUAUAUUACCAAGGAAGAUUGUCCUUUAUAUAAUGGUGGAAAUAUAAUUUUAGAAUAUCUUAAUAAUGAAGAGCAAUUUUUGGAAAAUGCUGAUUCUUACUUAAAAUAGCCAUUCAAGGACAACCCAUAAUCAUUAGGAAAACAAUAUUCUUAAAUUAAUUUAUUAAAUAUUAAAACUAUGUACUCUUAAAAAAAA